AUGGAUAAACAACAAAAACAAAAAGAUCGAUAUGAUGAAAAAUUAAAGAAAAUUGUGUCAUACCAAAUAGGCAAUCUAGUUUUGUAUUACAAAGCGAUAUUAGAUAAGCAGUGGUCUGGAAAACUAGACUCAAAAUGA